CCUCGCAACAUCCAAACCACCAGACACCAGAAGAGGGGCGGAGCCACGCAGCAGAAAGACUGAUAAAGAGCACCAUUGACUCGGUCUAAUCCGCCGGGGACCCUCCUGCAUCAACCCAACAAACAGGCAACUGAUUUUUCUACCAUCAAUUCUCCAGUCAAUCUUCAUCCAAUCGUACCUCGAAGCCUCCGUCGGUAGGUAUUGAUGGCGCCGCAGAUCAAGGGUCCCAACGACUUGCUUUACACCGGCGAAGCAUUCGAUGGCACAACCCAGAGCUUUACACAAUCUUCGCGGCUGUGGAUGAUGAGGACUUCAUGUACUAUGCCCAGGUAAAGGAGCGCAAGCUCAAGAUCCCGAUGGAGCAAAGGUCCGCGCUUCUGCAGUUGGUUCCCGAUGAGGAUUUCUACCCAGAGCUGCCCUCCAAUGCGCAGUUCAUGCUGGCCUCGGAGGAAGCAAUGCAACCGGCAAUCUAUACAUCAAGCGGCCGAACAUGAGGGAUUACGAUGAUUUCAAAGAAUUCGAUAUAUGCAAGGGCAUGCAUAGUAUAAUGCUCGACGAGCUGCGCGCUCUGGAACGCAUCGCUCAAAACCCCCACCCCAACAUUAUCCGCUAUCACGGGUGUCGCGUACGACGAGGGCGCAUCACUGGAAUUGUCCUUGACCGCUAUGAGAAAAAUCUGGACCAAUACAUUCAGCGCGUAGGGCCGUUGGUCGACAAGGCCCCAUUCAUGGAUGCUCUUGAGGACGCUGUCCGCCACCUCCACUCUCUUGGGCUCGCUCAUAACGAUAUCAACCUUUCCAACAUUAUGGUCAAUGAUGCAGGCAUGCCUGUUCUGGUCGACUUUGGCUCCUGUAAGUGGAUCGGAGCCAGGUUGGGACCGAGCGGGGGCACGCCGGGGUUUGCUGAAAACGAUGGCGAGUUCGACACGUCAGAGGCGAGCCAUGACCCUUUUGGACUUGUCAAAAUUCGGGAGUGGCUGGACAAUCCGGUGCCCAUGGGAAGGGACGACCCGGGCCUAAGGACAAUCAGGCGCCCAUGGACAAGCCUGUACCUCUAGACAAUCCGGCACCUGUGGAGGACCCUGUACUUAUGACUUGAAAGUUGAUGUAUGCCUGGGCGUUUGUGGUCAUGAUGGUAUACCUUAUGUGAUCAGUGGUAGGAAGGGUACCGUAUAACUUGCCUGUACAGUUCUGGUAUUGGCAUAGUCUAUCCGUGCGAGCUAGGAGUAGAAGGUUCUAUGGCGGAGUAAGGCAUGGAGUUAGAGAUAACAGUUCAACAUUGUUCACGUUAUACGUUUAUAGCAAGUCUUCACGAUGGGCAUGCUCUUUACAGGUGCUCUCUGUGCAGUAC